AUGUCUCAUUCAUAUGAUAUGGAUACGAAACCCUCUGCCCAGGAAGCACUCAAGCGAUUAUCAUCCGGAUUCAGUCUGUCUGAAAGUGCAAAUCAUGUCAUGACACCUAAAGACGACAAAUCACUCAAGAUAGCCACUUUUUCUCUACAAGGUUAUCUCAAGGAAAAAGACUUUGCUACUGAAUUCUUGGAGAGAGGGGGACUGGAUUCAUUAUGCGAUAUCGUCAACACCUCCAGCGGCAACACACUAGCUUAUGCGCUCAACUCAUUUUUAUCGCUGAUGGAACACAACACUGGCUGGGAAUCACUCGACGAUGAUUUUAUUGUCCAUAUUGCACACAUUGUGGUAACAGAGCAGCUGGCUACUAUUGCUCGGCCGGCAAUCGCUAUUUUACUCAAGUUGGUAUGUGCCAAUGAAUCCAGCACAUCGGUCAUUACAUGCUACGGCUAUCCUACGCUGCAUAAAGCGAUUGAGAAGGAACCUGAAUUGAUCAAAACAUUAGUGGAUCGAUUACUCAGCCCAGAAUAUUUACUGUCCAUCACAAGCAUGUCGUUGCUGACAGCCAUGCUAAAAUAUGUAACAGAUGAAUACCGUAGUGUGCUUUCCAGUGCGUAUGAUCGUUCGAAUCUAAAAAAGAGUGUCUUGAAAUUGAUGAAAAACCACCCUUCAGCAGAACUCAAACUCAUGAUCCUCGAAUACCAAACCGUCUUUAUACAAAAUAUCAACAUGCGACAUGGCACUGCCGUUUCCAUGCACAAUCCUAGACAUUUAAACAUGCUCAACGAUAUAUGGGAAGCUGCCAAAGUCGACCAAAUCGAUAUACCCGGUGCCAAAAAAUGGAAAAAGAUUGGAUUCACCACAGAAGUGCCUCAGCGUGAGUUUGGGAGAACAGGUGUAUUUGGCCUCGAAGAAAUGCAUCUAUUUGUAUUGAACAACCAAGAUUUGUUUGCAAAGUUGAUUCUAGAACAAAUUCAUCGUCCAGAGGGAAAGCGAUGUCCAUUUGCGAAGGCAAGCAUUGAAGUGACAGAUUUACUAUGCAGUCAUUGGAACAUCACAUCCACGAGUGAGUACAACAGUGCUAAUCAGGAGGAAUUUAUACUCAACCAGAUUCACAUAGAUACUAUAGCAGAAUUCCAACCUCUGAUACUAAGUUUCAACCAUGUCCAUUCAACCACAUUGCAGACCUAUUUCAGAAUAUUUCACGACAUGGAAGCGACAACAUAUGAUCUUUCCAAGGUGUCGGCACUUGUACGCAGUCAAUUGAGAUCUGCGUUUGCAUCUACAAAAGAUAUCCAAGAAUUUGAUAGAAACAUGUUUGGCACACCAUAUCAACAGAUCCGAGAUCGACGACUAAAAGAGCUUGAAUGGGCGGAUGAUCUAUCUGGAAGAGAUGCCAUCACUAAUUUGAGAACGAGGCUUUCGAAACAAUCGUAUGAAUUUCUCAAGAAACAGAGAAUCAGCUGCCUGUUAGAAGGCGCCUGGUUUCCAUGUCCCCUGUCAAAUCAACGCAUGUCUGUCAUUGCCAGUAAUUCAAAUAACAACGGUACCUUAUUAUCGCAUCCUGCCACCAACACCGGCGCGGGCUCUCCACUUGGUAUUACCAACACAACCAUGAGUAAUAGUGCAGCGGCAGGCAAACGUUGGCGUUACUAUAAACUAAGUCGAUCCAAGCGGUCCAUCAUGUAUGGCGAUUUCUCUGAAAAGAUUGCACCUGUGCUCAAAUCAUAUGAAAAGCUUCCCAACCGCAUUGAUCUGGGCUCAGUAACGGAAAUAAGAGCAAUUCGCAACCCAUCGAUUGCUGGACUCGUCAACAACUCAUCACAGAUAUUCAACAACAACAACUCGUCCAUACUAUCAUCUUCGUCAGCCAUCCACGAUGGAAACGCAACUCAUCAUUUACUAUCCCCAGGACAACAAGGACAACAGCAACAGCAGAACAACCUAGCAUUUGCCUUGUAUUCUGACAAAUACACGGCGGUAGCAGAGUUUUAUUGCGCCACACCAACACAAGCAGCAGAGUGGAAAGAUGGGUUUAGUAUGAUACUGGACAAGCGAUUCACGUCCAAGGAAACGGCAGAACUAUUCCAUACAUUGACAGAGGUUGGUGUCAAGGUGAAGCUGCUGCAAAUCGCGGGUGAUCGCGUGGAGAUUCCGCAUGGUGUGGUGGAUGUACCACCUGUUCCGCCUGGCUUAGGCUCAGGGUUCUUUUAUGAUACAAUUGAUACUUGA